GACGUCGGUUGCAUUUUCCCACACUUCUCCGAAGCUUCGUCGUCGUCGUCGUCUGGUCUGAUAGUGAUACAGAGAGUUCAACGACUGCUCACAAUCUCGUGUAAUCUGAUGUUUACGGGUUUACCCAAAGAGACAUAGUUCGGUCAUCUUCUUAUCCGGGUUUAAUCAAAUUUUUGACUUCCUUCUCCGAUCUGAUUCAGGGAUUGGUGGAUUUUCAAAAUUGCCAAGCUGACAAAUUAUAAGUGAUUGCGACGAUGGGCUUGUUGAAGAAAAAGGAAUCAACUUCAGCUCACUCCUCUACCUCGCCCUGCGCCGAUUUACGAAACGCUUACCACAAUUGCUUCAAUAAAUGGUACUCGGAGAAAUUCGUGAAAGGGCAAUGGGAUAAAGAAGAGUGUGUUGCUGAGUGGAAAAAGUACAGAGGCUGUCUCUCGGAGCAUUUAGAUGGCAAGCUUCUUACUCGCAUUUUGGAGGUCGAUGGUGAGCUGAUUCCAACAAAGCAAGCUGAUUCGACAGGAUCUAGUUGAUGAGACUUGACCCUUAAAUGUUUCUUGUCAAUAACUUUGUCUCUUUGAAACAAAUGAAUGUUCAUUGAGCAACUUUUUGAUAGGAAACAAUAGGAAUGGAAUCUAUUACUUAGGAAGAAAAUCAAAGUAGAAGGAGAAUGUUGUAUUCUUUAUUUGGCACACACAAGUUCAAAAAUAAAUAACAACUGAUUUUGAUUA